GCCUGCGCAGUAGGGAGUGGGUGGUCCGUCUGCCUGCACCUACAGGGAGCAGAGGAAGAUGGUGGCCGGGAGCUGCUAAGGGGACAGGGUGCAAGGAGACAACAUGGAGCAGCAGGCACUGCAGACAGGAUGAGCUGGUCUUCUGAGGUCCUUUCUUUACCAAGAUCUUCGGUCUUCUCACUCGUCUGCUUAUGGGGCAACUCAUCCUCAGCUACCCCUACGUUACGUGACCCCUUCAUUGACACACAAGGAUGAGUUGGCUCAGUAAACUGAACCCUCGAGCUUCUGGCAGCAAGGCUGGGCGCAAUGUCAGCCUCCAGCCAUUGGUAACAGCUGACCCCGAGACUUGCCUGAUGGUAUUCAAGAAUCACUGGUCUCAGGUCCUCCGGAUACUGGAGCGUCAUGGGUCCACAGAGAAUGUCACCAUGGAUGACCUGAGCUGCGUACGUAACAAUACCUACCAGAUGCUGAGCCUGUUAGCAGAAGAGCGGCCUCGGGAUGGAGAAGGGCCGGGAGCCAUCCUGGGCUACAUGGCAUCGGAGGGCAUACUGGAGAGGCUGCUCACGUGGCACCUACAGAGAGACUUCACUGAAGAGAAGAAGGUGGAACAGCUGAAGCUGUAUGAGAUGUUAAUCAGCCAGUCCUGCCAGCCACUGCUGCGCUACCAGCCGGUACUGCGCCCCCUCGUCACCCUCCUGGGCACCUUCUCUCCAGGCCCGGCCUCUGCUGUGCUGGAGAACAACUUGGUUCUGCUGCUUAAUCAGCUCUGUGUGUCCCUGGCCCGAGAACCCUCCACUCUGGAACUUUUCUUCCAAGACUCUGCUGGAAAGGACGGACCAGCCAACCUCCUCAUCUUCUCCCUGCUAGUGCCCUUCAUCCACCACGAGGGUGUGAUAGGGCAGCAGGCCCGGGAUGCCUUGCUACUCAUCAUGGCAAUGUCUUCCGACAAUCCUACCAUGGCCAGAUACAUCACUGAGAACUCCUUCUUCUGCCCAAUCCUGGCCACUGGGCUGAGUGCUCUGUACUCGUCUCUGCCACGGAAGAUUGAGGUGCGCGGGGAUGACUGGCACUUUCUGCGUCGGGAGGACUGGAUCGGCGUCUCCUCCCUGGUCCUGUUUAUGAAUUCCCUGGAGUUCUGCAAUGCGGUCACUCAGGUGGCUCAUCCGCUGGUGCAGAACCAGCUGGUGGAGUACAUACACAAUGGCUUCUUGGUGCCAGUGAUGGGACCGGCUCUCCAUAAGACCUCCAUCGAGGAGAUGAUUGCCAGCACCGCGUACCUGGAGCUCUUUGUGCGCAGUAUCAGCGAAACCUCUCUGCUGAAGACCUUCCUCCGUUUUAUCCUCCUGCAUCGGCACGACAGUAGCACCAUCCUGCAGACUCUCAUCAGCCGCAUCGCCAGCAACUCCCGGCUCUGCAUGGUCUCUCUGACCCUGUUUCGCACUCUGCUAAACCUCAACUGUGAAGAUGUCUUACUCCAGCUGGUACUCAGGUAUUUGAUCCCCUGCAAUCACGUCAUGUUGAGCCAGAGACGAGCCGUGAAGGAUGUGGAUUUAUACUCAAAGACGACGGACAAGUUCCUCUCUCUCAUCCCCCGAUGUUGUCUGAAAGACAAUCUGGUCUCACAGGAGAGAGAAGAGGAGCAUGCUAGCUGGUCUAAAGCCCACGGAAGUCCAAGCAUCGACACGUCAUCAGUCAACACUGUUCCGAAACCCUCCACCCCUUCCCGGAUGGCUUUCUUCAUGCGUCAGUCUAAUACUACGCCUGAGAGUCCAUCACACCGCUCGCCCAGCUUUUCUUCACCGGACGCGGCCAGUGGGAGCCCACGCCAUGGCUCUUUUUCUUGGGAUGAAGUAGCCGAGUUGGAUGGGAAUUAUUUAGAGUACCUACAGGAGGCGCGGGCUGGGAUAGAUCAAUGCACGCGCGCCUGCCGUGUCUGGUCUGCCCCUUAUGAUGGGGAGGAACCUAGCCCUCGCAGCAUGUCACCUCCCACUCCAGAAGAAGUCACCGUGUCCCCAGAUUAUUUCUCCCCUCCUGCCUCGUCCACUAGGAGCCACCAGAGCAGCACUGAGCGAGAGGCGCGGCGGCAUAGCGUUACCCCCCGGACUAAGAAACGCAGCUUACAGGAGGAAGGCCAGGGACGGGUGGGAGAUCGGGGACACACAGAAACAUCUCAUGAUGGGACGCCUAUCCCUGUACUAAUGAAUGGCGCACUAACAGAGGAACAAGCGUAUUUGGGCUGCACACAAAGGGCAGCUCUACAUCCCGGUCGCACUGAUGACAUUGAAGUUAAAAAAGUAAAGCGGGAGCCACCAGGAAGCAGCGGGGUCCUGAGGGCGGAGGGGGAGGAGGUAAUAUUGAGAGCAGAGAAUGGAACAGAAGAGAAGUCCCCAGCUCACGGGGACAAGCCGCAUUGGGCAUCAUUACAAUGGGAAACAGCAGAGUCUGUGGAUAGUCUGAUAGAUGAGCUCCUGGACCGGGCCCCAGCCCACACCAAUGGGACACACUUGAAUAUUGAGAAGCUUGGAGAGGAGCUGAAGGAGAUGGAGGACAGUAUGAGGGUGGUGGCCGUACAGGAGGAGACCACAGAAAGACACAACAGGAUUCCAUCUGAGGAGGAGGAGUACGGAGAUGUUAUUAUUAAUAGGGAAUCGGAGGAGAUGAAGAACCGAGCGGACUCUUUGACACUCCUGCUGAACAGCCCCCUGAGAGCUCAAAAUGGUAGCCAGCCCUAUACAGGUCCCUUCAUCGCUGUCCUCUUCGCCAAACUGGAGAACAUGGUAACGAACUCAUUAUAUGUGAACUUCCUGCUGACUGGCAUCGUGACCCAGCUGGCCUGUCACCCACAGCCCCUGCUCCGCUCCUUCCUCCUAAACACCAACAUGGUAUUCCAGCCCAGCGUCAAGUCCCUGGUGCAGGUGCUUGGCUCCGUGAAGAAUAAAAUUGAAGCGUUUGCUGCCUCCCAGGAGGAUUUCCCCACCCUGCUCUUCAAGGCCAAGAAGUUCCUGAUUGCCCGGGGGAAGCUGGACUGGUGUGACGGGCAGACGUCCAUUCCUGCCCUGCGUCGCUCAGACACUCUGGUAAAAAGCCGAAAGCCGUCCAUAGGAGAACUAAUCCUGCGUCACACCAACAGCCCUACGCGGGCCAGGCAGGCGGCGCAGAUGGCGUUCCAACACGUGCGAGACGGGCAGGUCCUCCACGCGCUCUCUGGCACCUCCCUCUUCAAGAGCUCGGCAGAUAAACAGAACGAGGCGCUGCGAGUAAAAAACGCUGUUUACUGCGCCGUGAUAUUCACCGAGUUCAUGAAAGAGCUGGCCGCCAUAACGCAGGAACACGCGGUGGCGUCUCCCUACCUGCCUGCGGAUACAGAAGAGUAAGCAGGGUCCCCUCCGUGUCUGUCUGGUCAUCGGCGUGAUGGAGUGACUCCCGUGCCACCUGCUGUGAAGCAGAGGAACUCCGAGACUAAAGUCCUUCGUACAGGCACAAGUCAGAGAUGCCUCCUCUCAUGUGUGAGGACCGGAUGGCCUGCACUCUGUGGAACGCAAUGACCUGUCUCCGUUUUCUAAGCUUUAGGGAAGUGGAAAGACCAUUGGCCGGUUGGAGAUUGGCCGUCCCUGUUUUCCUAGCAAAUCCUUUCAUCAGCUCCAGGACAUCAUCCGACGGAGGGGACCUUGGUCAGCUGUAAUCCACGCUCCGGCCUUGGUGGCCUCACUCGCUGCACCCCCAUUUCCACAUGUCAUCCAGCACUCAUGAUGAUGCAUCGUUUUUUAACUUAUUUAAGUGACAGUGUGCUCUUUUUAUUCAGGACAGAUCCGUGCCUGUGUCUGUAUAUAUCUGUUUGUACAUGUGUGUAUAUAUACAUCUAUAUUUAUAUAUACACUCUCGCGCAUAUACUGCACCGAAGACUUCAUCUCUGCGUUGUGCACAUGUGUCACGGCUCUGUCCGCUGGGAUUCUGGGAGAUCUGUAUUUUUAAUCCAUUGUGGCCUAAGGGGUCGGCAGCAGACUGUUCACAGCUGUACCACGGCCCCGCAGGGGUCCACACCCGCAACAGCCCCCCAGGGGGGUCCUUACCCACAACCGCCCCAGCGGGCAACAUCCGUUAUCGCUGCUUGUUUCUAUUUGAGUGUAAUUUAGGGAAUCUUGAUGUCUGGAACUCUAGCGAUGCCUCUGUGCGAGAGGUUAUGUAGGGGUCAGGUGAUUUAGUAAUUUGUCUUGGUGUAUUUUUUGUUAGAGACUAUCUGUGUGUAUAUCCCAAAUACGCCUCUGCUAGGAGAUUCGUGUGAUGCCAAACUCUGGAGUGCGACACCUCAGCGCUGCCCUCUACUGGACAAGCAGCGGAAGUUCAUGCCCAUUCGUGUGAUGCGGUUUCCCCUGAUGAUUUAAUGUAUCCCUAUUUACAUAGGUGUCGCGCUUCCUCAACAUUACGUCUAACGCCUUGGUGGAAAGAGGGUCCUGUAGUGUACUCUGACGUGCGCUGAUCUCUGUGCAGGUGCGCGGUGAAUGAGCCCUGUCACCUGCGCAGACAGCGGGCGCAGCGAUUAGCGCUGAGGAUGUGGCCUAGCACUGCGUUGGGAACGAGUCUCGGCGGUGACGCGGGUUCCCGCAGACUGACGGCUUCCUCCGUGUCUAGGUGACCGGUCCGUUUUAAUAUAAACGCUAAUUCAUUGCAUUUUAUGGAACGCUAAGUUUGAUAUUGAGGGUAUUGCACAUUUUCCAACUUCAUGUUUUCCUCCAUCUGCCUGGACCCCUGGCUGGCCAUUCAGGUGAGAAAUUAUUCCCACCUCCAGGAUAUCAACCAGUUAUCUACUAAGCCGUGGCCCAGUGUCGGGGAGACGUAAUGCAGUUAUAUUACACGUAUUGUAUACACUGCUCUGAGGAUAUACGGCUGGCCGGGAGGGAGGGGGAUAUAUAGCCGUAUAACUGCCCACUGCUGACUAUAUAUUACAGUUAUACGUCACUGUAUAAUAACCAUGGCAGAGGGAUCCCGGUACGCCGUGCAGCCAUACUGCUCUGUGUACUGAGUGAGGGGGAGGCGGUGUGGGGUCUUAUUAUACUGUACAUCUGUACGUCAUUGUGUAAUAAACAUGGCAGAGGGAUCCCGGUACGCCGUGCAGCCAUACUGCUCUGUGUACUGAGUGAGGGGGAGGCGGUAUGGGGUCUUAUUAUACUGUACGUCAUUGUGUAAUAAACAUGGUGGGAGAGACAUCACUCCGUAUACUCAACAUACAGAGACAGAGUUUUGUUGUCUCAUAGAUCCAUGUAUUGUGUGUCUCUGGGUGUAAAAAGGUUCAAAAUGAGAAACCCCAGAUCAGGCCUGACCAACCUGUGGCUCUCCAGCUGUUGUAAAACUACACAUCCCAGCAUGCCCUGCCUCAGUUUUAGCAUUCCCUAAUAGCAGGGCAUGCUGGGACUUGUAGUCUCACAGCAGCCGGCGAGCCACACGUUAGCCAAGCCUACCCCAGACCAUACUUUCUUUUAUCCUCAGUCUCGGUUGGUAAAACCAGAAGGAGUCCCCGUGAAGUCAGUGACAGGCGACGGUGAAGGGGUUCGGCAGUUUACGUUACCUGUAAUCAGACAACGCCCCUUCUGUCACUCGCAUGAAUACACCCCGACCAGUCAUUACAGUAGAGAAACUUUUAAUUUUGUACGAUUUGUCAUUUUAACGGCUUACCUCUUCUUCUGUUUUAUGCAUGUGGUUUUUAUUAUUUUUUAUCUGAUGUGUGUGUGAAAAGCCAUAUCCUGGGGACCCCGGUGCAUCCCAUUACAUGUGGGACGUUUAUUCUACAAACGCCAUUUCCGCAGAUCUCUCUCGCCCUCUCCCGGACAGUGAGAAGUCUCCCAUCACGUCCGUGUCCACUACAACGUUUGCUCUGGAAACUCUUGUGACUUCGGGAGGAGAUAGAUGCAGGUUUUAUAUUAAGUUGAAGAUUUUGGUUUAUGCUGAAUGUUUGAAUCUGUCUCAUGUAUAUGAUCUUACCGUGUAGGGGGGAUCCGCGGCACGCCAGGACCCCUCGCACCGUUUUGCACAUCUGUCAUUUUGUAUUUCUUGUGUUGCCAAAUAGAGUAACGAGUGCGGUCUGAAACCGAAAAGCUGCUUUCUUGUGUGAUAACUCUGCCAAUCAGACCCCCAUGUUGUGCGUCCGAGCUGCCCGUACCGCGGCCAUUUUGGACCCCUUAUUCCUAUUUUGCACGCCUGUUGAUUUUAAUUAUUUUUACGGUGAUUGUUAAAAAGGGAAUUUAUUAUUAUGUCAGUCUGUGUAGACACAAUCGGUGGGAGUCUCCCCCACACUGGCGGUGACCACCACGCUCCAGCCACCGGCUGCUCAUCGAAGACUCCGUAUCUACUCGAUGGGGGAGGCCGUAUCUUCAUUGUGCGCAAUGUGUGCUAUAAUGAGACAAUACUGUGUAGAAAUAGAAGGUUGGCCUGAGCCCGAUGUGGUGUCCCGCGUAUAUUUGUCAUGACGCCUCGCUGCCAAAUCAUCGUGAGGCGCCCCUGGCAUCUAAUAAAAUGUGUCAAUCAGA